GCUGAAUUGAAUUCGAAGCUGUCGCUUUAACUUUCCCCGAGCAAAAACAAUUUCACAGUCACAAUGGUCGUCAAGAUUCGCCUCGCGCGCUUCGGACGCCGAAACUCCCCUUUUUACAAUAUAGUCGUCGCGCAGGCAAGAACGGCGAGAAACAGCAGACCUCUCGAGGUUAUUGGCACAUACGAUCCUAUUCCGAAACCCGACCCAUAUGACAACUCAGGAAGAUUGCAUAAAGAUAUCAAAUUAGACACAUUCAGAGCAAAAUACUGGAUUGGUGUUGGUGCGCAACCGACAGAUACUGUAUGGAGAUUAUUAUCAAUGUUGGGCAUUAUGGAACCCAAGUACCGAAAUACCGAACCACGAACUCCGCCUCCGAUGCCGCGAGACGUACGAGACGAAUUUAAGCAACAAAAAGGGCAAUGAUAGCCUUGAAAUAGAUGCAUCAACGACAAAGUUGUACGACUCUAUAUAGUCCCCUAGAUGGACUGUAGUAGACGAAAGGGGAUGCGCAA